AUCGUCUAUAUUAUAACAAAUGAAACCCGGAAAUAUUAAAGUAAUAUAACGACGCGAGUCUCCGUCGUGUAAAUGGUGUGACACAUUCUCGAUUACACAACAUAGACACCUCGCCAAAUUCUCAAACGUUCAGUUUAAUUUCGCUCGACUGUGAUGAAACGUUGACUCGGCAAAUUGUACCGAAACUUCGUGGCGUCGUCGGCCAAAGUAGUCGAAAGUGUGAAAGAGUCGUCUUCGAGAAUGCUGAACGUCAAGCGCUUGGACGAGGACGGGCUCCCUUUUAUCUCAAACGAAAUCCAAGCUGAGGCUGUAGAGUUCCCGUACGUGCACAUCAGAAGGCCGAUUGCGAAGAGCGUCGCGAUUCACUUGAGUAGAUGGCCGAACGAGCUCUCAUCUUUGUUUGUAACAGCGUGUCUCGUCAUGAGUUUGAUUCUCGUCACGUUCAUCACGUUCGUCGUGGCAAUAUUUUGUUCACCUGCGGUGAAGUACAAAUGCGAAUCAGGAAACUUGGUAGACGAGCGAGCUUUUAACGUCUACUUCGUAAAAGAAGCUACGCAGUUCUGGUCCGGAAAGGAGUUCUGCUACAUCGAAGCUGCGGCGAGGGAAUAUCCCGAAAUAAAUAUGCAUUUAAUCAACUUGGUACGGACUCCCAGUGCGCAUUCAGACACGUCAGAGAUUCAUCUGAAAACAGCACUAACUACCCAAAAUGCUAACAUUUGUAGUGGUGACUUCUCCAUCGAUGAAUUCUUCAACAGGUCGAAGUUGUCGAAUAUCGCGAGAGAUAUGAGCAACGAACUGCUAUUACUGGCGGCGAAAGCAUAUUUGCUGUGGAAUUCUCCUGGCAUCGCUAUGCAUCCUAGUGCAUAUUGCAAUUUGGCAACCAUCAACGAGUCCUUGUGCACGGGAGAAAAGCGAAACUGCGCACAUAAUAUAUCGACCGCGAUCGAUCUGACGCUCGAUUUGCAAGCAACCGAAGUGCAUUGUCAAGCAUUCUUGGGAUUUCUGCUGCAGGAGUUGUCGAAGAAUACCACACGAAUCUACAAUAUGAAAGAUGCGUUGGACAAAUUCUGUCUGAGGAUCGACAAUUGCCCCGAGGUGCGAAUGCUUGAUUUAAGAUCGAAGUGCUGGGUCGACGAUUUCGAUUGUCCCACUGUUUAUGCGAUUGACCACACGAUAUAACCAAGAUCUCAUCUUACAUAAUAA